AUGGUGAAAUUUACAGACUUGGUGUCAGUGGACGAUUUUCGCGCUGGUGCCAUGGAAAACUGGGGUAUGAUGACGUUUGAUGAAUCCUCACUGCUUUAUGCUAAAGGCGUUAUUACUGAUGAGGAAAAGGAAGGUGUCGCCAUGACUAUCUGUCACGAAGUUGCCCAUCAGUGGUUUGGUAAUUUGGUGACGAUGGAUUGGUGGGACGACCUGUGGCUAAAUGAAGGUUUCGCCAAAUAUAUGGAGUUUCGAUGUAUAGAUGACUUGUAUCCUGAUUGGAAUAUCAUGACCCAAUUUUACACAAAGAGUGUUGUUCGAAGUCACGCAGAAGAUGGUCAACCUAAUCCACGACCCGUCUCAAGUCAUUCACUCGACAUAAGGUCACUGUUUGACGUUAUGAGCUACCAAAAGGGCUCUGCGAUAAUACGAAUGAUCGAAUCUUUAAUGGGUGAACAGGAGUUCGUGCGGUCACUCAUCGAGUACCUCAACAAAUACGCGUACGCCAACACAAAAGGCUCACAAUUAUGGGAUAUCGUGGAGAAGGUUGAAAAAACCUGA